CGGCUCACGGCCGGGCUCGGAGCCACCGGAGGGCGUCGGCGACGGCCACACCGGCGCGGCCAGCUCACGCGCCGUCACGCCGGCCGGCGACCCAAAGCUUUUGCCAAGGCAGAGCAUCAAACCUGAAGACCUGGAGAAGCCACUUAAAGAAGCGCCGGAGGAGGAGUUCGAGUUUCAAGGCGAGAAUAUCUGGGUGAUCGCCGAGAAGAUGAACCAGGCUCGCAUCCUGCGCGGCUUCCAGCUCUCUGAGGCGCAGAGCGUCGAGACCACGCUGCUCUUCGUCGGCGGCAAGCAGGCGGGAAAGUCGAGCAUAAUUCACAAGUUUCUGGAUCGCGAGGAAGCGCCAAAGAAGACGCUGGGAUUGGAGUACUCAUAUGGUCGCAAGGCAGGCAAAAGCGUGCUGAAGGACGUGUGCCACAUCUGGGAGCUGGGCGGCGGCACCACUUACACGCCGCUGCUGGAGACGCCGCUGGAGGCCGAGAGGCUGCCCACUGUCGCCAUCUUCCUGGUGAUCGACCUCAACAAGCCACAGAGCAUGUGGUUCACGCUGGAGACCAUGCUUCAGGUGCUGCGGGAGAACCUGGACACGGAGAUCGGCAGCGGAGUGGGCCGAGAAAUGAAGCUGAAAGAACGACUGAAACGCGCCACAGACCUACGGGUUCCACCGGACCACCAGGACUACGCCCAGAUGCGGCCGUUCCCGGUGCCGCUGAUCAUCUUCGGGAGCCACUACGACGCAUUCCAAGACUGGGACCCGGAGAAGAAGAAGCUGGUUUGCCGCACGCUUCGCUACGUGGCCCACGUCAACGGGGCGUCGCUGCAGUUCUUCUCCAGCACCGACUCGGCCCUGGUCAAGAAGGCCAAGGAGCUGAUUGGCCAGUACGCUUUCGGAGGCGUCACCAGCGGCCAGCUGGCGCAGGACUACAACAAGCCGCUGCUGGUUCCCGCCGGCGCCGACUCGCUAGCCGGCAUACUGGGCGUCGGCGCCGACGCCAGCCAAAGCGCCGUCAAGAACGCGUUCGUCGCUCAGUACCCGCAGGAUGCCAACAGCUCCAAUGUGCUGCCGGAGGAUCCAGCCAAGGACCUCAACUUCCGCGAGAGCGAGAUCGAUCAGCUGAGGGCGCAGAAGGAUCAGGAGCUGGAGCGGCUGCGCCGGGAGCUGGAGCGCCGCAGACGCUGGGGUGAAGAGCUGUGAGGCAGCACCGGAUGGGCCGCAACAGGGACUCGAUCCGUCCAGAGCCGACGCCGCGCCGUCUGCCCUGCACUUGGCGCCAGG